AUGAUGCAACUGUUCGGACUUCAAAUUCCGCAGGAGCUGGCCGACAAAAUCGAGUCCGUGCGCUACGGCCUGGCUCGGAUAGCGGAGCAUGCCCGCCGAGUGAUGGAGAACAUCUCGACCGUGAAACGCAGCUACAAGAGCAGUCUGAUAAAGAACAGUCUGGAAGUGAGGACGGCCAUCAUAACUUUUCUGGAGGCCUACAACGAGGUUGCAAAUACACUUUUGAUUGGCUUCAGGCUCGAGCCCCGGACCAAAGGUGUCCCGAAAAGUUAA